GAGCUGGAGCGCGUGCGAUCAGAGUUGCUUGCCGCGGAGGAGAAAGCCACAGCACUAGAAGCCCAGCAGGCAAAAAGUGUGGACGAACUGGAACAGCAGUUUCGACAAGAGGUGGAAACGCUGCAGGAAUAUCUGAAGAGUCAAGAAAAGGAAUAUAUAGCUGAAAUCGAGAGAACAAGGGUAGGAGAUUUACUCCGUAUUAGUCAGCUAAAAGCAUGUAUAUGUUACAUGUCAAAAUAAAUUCAGGUUAAAAUUUUUCAACCUAAGUUGAUUCUCAAUUUCUUUUGUCUCGUAACCGCGAUUUGUCAUGGAUUAGGGCUAGGGGACAAAAACCGGGACAUCAAGCUUUUCGUUUCUUAAGGUCCCUAAUACCAUUCCGAGAAUACAUGAUAAAAAUCAUUUGGCACGUGUACAUGCUUGAUAUCGUUGCCCAACACAAGUGUUGUCAGUCAUGAACUCAUGAAGGUUGUAUUUUACUGCAUCAAGAUACUGUAAUAUGGGAGUUAUGGACGACAAAUUUUGUGAAUGUCAACGUUUUUCAAAGUACGCGUUGAAAAGUGAUGAAAACUAGAAGUUCCGAGGGUGUCCCCCUCUUUUCAUGGGUUUAAAAGCAACUGAAAAUGCACGCACAACGUAACAGGACGAUAAAUAAGAUAAUUGGUGUCCUGUUUAAUAAAGUUUAUUCGGAAACUCCCCUGGUAAAGUAUCUUCUUUGAUGAAGUUUCUCGGGUUUUCGUCUGUUUCGUUUUAACUUUGGCUACGGUUCUCCAGCUGUUCGAUUUAUUAUUUUUUUCUUGGCUGUUUUCUUAGGAAGAGAGCGAAAAGUUGUUGAACAAGCUCCAAGAGAAGCAGUCGCUUAUAAAGGAGGUGUGUGUGUGUACUUUUCUUUAACCCUUAAAGUCCCAGCGGUGAUUAUUAUCAAAUUUCUCCAGUUAAUAUCAAAAGUGAGACAAUCAGGGAGGUCAGGAGAAUUAAGGAUAUGAUCACUCAAGAUAUAUUAACAAAUUCUCCGUAACAGUUCUAUGAGAAACAUAUCAGACAGGAAAGGAGAACCUGUAUUGUAAUAAACAGUUUGCUCGGCGCGCUUUCUUUGUCGCCCCGCCCAACGCGACCGUAGGGACCGAAAAAAGCUAUCUUUUGCGAAUUGGCCACUUUAGAAAUGAGAGGGAACUGAGCUGAGUUAACUUUCGCAAAGACUUCUGGGAUUGUUACUAGGGACAGGAAAAAAAUUGGCCAAUAGCUGACCAGCGCGUCCCUAGUAACGAUGCUAAGAAUAAUUGCGGGAAGCAUUUCGGCUCCAGUUACCUUCUCAUUUCUAAAGUGGCGAAUUGGAGAAGAGAGCAGAUACCAGGAAAGAAUCUGUAGUAAAGAAUGAUCGCUCACGACUUUAGUUAGGCAUUCUUCCCUCGCAAACGUGGUCACCUUGGACCUCCAGUUGUCCUUGUGGGUAGUCCUGGGGUACGUACGAUUUCCAUGGGAAAACCGGAAAUUCCGGUUGAAAAUCAAAUGGUUUGGGAAGCUUCAGAAAAUAUCGGCUGUGAUUUGCGGUUGUGCAAUUUUUCUAUUCUUUUCAGUCUGUUCAGCUAAUUUGGAUGUACUUUGUAGCGGUUCGUUCCCCCAAUUAGUUAAAUUUUAUAGUUUUAAGUUUGUGCACAAGAUUCCCACCCGGGUGGUUUGUGUAAAUGUUGAGCACCCCCGGUUAUACCCCGUACUUCAGUUAUGAGGCUUUUGCGGGUUUGAAGCAUUAUACCCCUUUUUAUGCACAAGAUUUCCACCCGGGUGGUUUGUGUCAAUGGUGAGCACCCCCGGUUCGACCCCGUACUUCAGUUAUGAGGCUUUUGCGGGUGUGAAGCAUUAUACCCUUUUUAUGCACAAUAUUUCCACCCGGGUGGCUUGUGUCAAUGGUGAGCGCUCCCUGUUCUACCCCGCACUUCAGUUAUGAGGCUUUUGCGGGUUUAAAGUAUUAUACCCCUUUUUAUGCACAAGAUUUCCACCUGGGUGGUUUGUGUCAAUGGUAAGCAGCCCUGCCUACAUCAUUCCUUUUGUUUAGAUGGAAGCGGAACAAGCUCGUCUUCAGAAUGAUCUACAGCGGCAGUCCGAUGAGUAUAACUUGAUCCUGUCUCGACGCGAACGUGAACAUCAGGAAGAGGAUAAUCUCGCAGAUUUGCUGCGCUCAGAUGUGGAGCGAUUGGCUGCAGAGAGGUAAGACAUUUUUUUUAGGACUUUUCAGUGUAUAGUCGUCAUGUAAACUUAUAGGCUCGGGUGUCAGUGGGAUCAGUGACUUGGAGCAUGGAGUUGGGGGACCCCAGGUAGGUGGGGUAACCCACCAGUCCAUAUAAUCUCUCAUUUUAACUUGGUCACGUUUUCAUGAUAGGUGGGGUGACCAUAUGAGAGAUAAUGAGGAUACGCAGGUUGCCCCAUCUAAGAGGGUUACCUCACCUACCUUCAUGUAAACAGGCCCUUACUUAAAGGUCCUUUUGUGACUACUUCGUAUAAACAGCUACCAAGGUUUGCAUUUUCAUGCCGCUUAAACUGUCUUUUAACCACCGGCCAAUGAUUGGUUGGUUGGUAGAGCGCAUGUCUACUGAGCGGGAGGUCAGCGGCCUGCAGUGCAGGCGUAUUUUGGGCGGGCGAAAGUUGCUUCUUUAUGUUCGUAUUGUUGUAACCGCCAUCUUUGAUUUUAUGACAGAGGAAGAUUGGGGAGAGUAGAAAUAGCAACCCAUUUCCUCCUCUUCGCGCGCCCGAAGAAAACGCCUGCACCACACACUAGGAGAUCGGCGGUCGGAGCACUAACCAGGGUCUCGUAAAUUAAAACAAACAAACAAACAAAAACGACAGGCAACUAAUGCCUUGUCCCAGUUCAGGGGAUGGCCCCAUUGGACGGUGAUGUUAAGUCGUUAGCCUUGUCUCUUUCAUUCUUUCUUAUCAAUUCGAGUGCAACGGACAAGAACAUUAACUGUUCAGUGUUUGAAAAAGUAGACUUUAUUUCAUCUACAUCUACGCCAAGUUUCUUUGUUUUUGCUUCCAGAAAUGCCUUGCACCGCACAAACGAACGCCUUUUAAAACUGCUCUCAGAUGUAGUGAAACAAGCAGCGUCAACUGAGGAGACUAUAAACAAAAAGCUGGAGGACCUCAUUCAAGAGACAAGUCAAACCGAGGAACAACUGACCCAGUUCCCUCUAGAAUCGGGGACCUUACACGAGUCCCAGUUCCCCAACGACUCUGUCCGUCGCCCUGAAAGCUCAUUUCCGGCUGGGCUGCCAACUUCCACUCCCGCUGCUGGACCCAGUGCUCUCGCAGCCAACCACAGAACACCUGCUGGAGGUGGGGAUGUCGUAGUAAAAUUGCUUAAAAAAAAUUCCGCUUCUUCUAUAACGUUUUCUUAACUUUACGUAACGACGAAAAAACGAGUAAGGGUUUCUACGUCCAUUAACAUUGGGACUUAAUUGACCAAUCAGGUCGAUAACCAGUGUUUGAUACCAUCAACUGAUGUGAUACAACUCACUUUGACUCUGAAGAUGACUACCGCACAGGUUGUCGAAACGUCAGUCACUGUCAACAACGGGAGUACGUUCACCCGGACGAUCAUGCUCAACCUUACUAGAAUAAUGCUGUUUUAGGUCAAUUCUGUGCUAAAGUCAUUACUCAGUGCCUUUCGCCAUGCACGAAAUGUUCCUGUAGAGUUAUGAAGAAGAUCUCAAACAAAUUUAAUCAGGAAGUACGAACCAUAAAAUUUUUGGAGAUUUUUGCAGGCAGGUCGCUUGAAAAAGUUGGCCGAACUUUCUGAAGUUUUAAUCCAUAUGCAUCCUUGCCACAUCCGUAGCAACAGACGACAGGAAACAGUUUCAAUGCCUAAAUACAGUCUUAAAUAACAAAACUGGACCAUUAUGUUUAGAAUUCAAUUGAUGGAAGACACAUUUAAGCUUUUGAAAGAGAUAGGAUAUGGCGUGACAUUGCCCCUGUAAAAUAAUAGGGAGCUUUAAGCAACAAGUACGGCGACGGCUACGAAAACGUCACUUAAAAAGUGAAUUGGCGUUGCCUAAAACUUUAUCACGCUUAUUCCAUCUCGUUUAAUUCGUCAAAUGUUGGCCAUUUUUUUUUUGGAGUUGAAUUCUAAAAGACUGUAUCAAAGUCCAGGAAAAGAAAAAGAAAGUUGUUGUCGUGUGUUCCCGUCCUCGACAAAACGUGAAAUUAGGCAUUUUCACGUUGUGGUCGUGCAAUGACAGCAAAGAAAAUGUACAAAUGCACGUGCAAAGUUGUUGUUGUUUUGCUAAUAUAAAACUGUUGUUUUUUUGCCGUUGUCGUUGCUUAAGCUCCCCAAUGAAUAGUGUGGCGUAGCAUCUUCAACAGACUUCCCUGUAUAUCUCUGGAUUUGAAAUUAGGUUGGCCGUGACUCAGCCAUGUUUUGAUGUAUUUCACCUUUCACUGGUUCGGUGAACUGAACCUGACCCAUGGUAGUCUUUAGCUUAUACAAUCUCGUUUUUUAUCUCUUAGGUGCUUCCGCUGACCUCUCUGAAUCUGAGGAUAAUACGCUGACCAGUAAGACUGACUUGUCAAUGCUCAGCGAUGAAGGUCUCGAACUGUCUCAGAGACAAACGGACACCAUGUUCCAGGGGCCGAGCUUAGACGAACAGGCGGAGGAGCUUGUAAUAGGUGCGAUAUUAGAGAGCCGUUCUCAGUGAACUUACGCAACGGGACGGAAGGAGAACGAAGACGCAAACCUUGCUUGACAAGCGUGACAAUAAUUUUGUUUGAGAAAAAUUUGCCUCAAACCUCAACUUUCUUUAAACAGAUCUUUUUGUAAAAGACCAAAAAAACAUUGAUAUUUAGUGGAGAUCGGGGCAGAACAUGCCAGUAAUAGUCCUGUCACGUUUGUCACAUACAACCGUUUUGCCGUCCUCCUCUUUCUGCCGUUCUGUUGCGUAAACUCACUGCCAAAGGACCUUUUUAUAUCGGUUCAACCCUCACUGCGUUAAAAACUACGUGCGAUUUUCGCUCAGAUAGCGAACAAGACGAAAAAGCGGAAUUUUUCCAUUGCAUACCCUUUUAUGUUCUGUACUUCGUUCGUAGAUCUCCUCUUUUCUAUAGCAGAAAACUUACAGUACAAUCCCCUGUUUUUCCGUUAGAUCGUCGAGAUCAAACGCUUAAUGUAACUUGUGGCCAUCUUGGUUUCAGGGUUUACCAGGAGGAAAGCACCGAGGCUUAUAGUAGCAGCGUGAGGGAGCCGCCUUCUCCCAACCCCCUCCCCCUUCCCCCGUCCCCUAGGUAGUUUUUGGACUUCUACCCAUGUCCCACUCGGUAUAUCUGAAACCAAAAUGGCCCUCCGAUCUUUUAGCACCGGUCUGGGAAUAAACGCACUAACGGUUUUGCAUCCGUUCCCAUCGGCUAUUAGUACCGUGCCUAUUUUCGUCGGGUGCAUAACAACACUUGAAGUACGCGUGAACAAUUCGAUUUCGCCUGAAGCGUUACUUGUUUCUUCCCGCCUCACGAACCGCUCUGCCUCUUUUGAUGUGUCGACGAGCCUUCAGCCAAUCAUGUUGAUGUAUUAUGUUUUCUUUUGAAAAACACUCCUUGAAUAAAACUUUUUAUUUUUAAUUUUAAAGAUUCCGGCGCCAGGGUCAGUGCAGCUGCGCAGAAGCUUCUGGAUGUAGUUACCAUGACAACUAAACAGGUAUUGUUGUUCUCUGAUUGAAAUUUCCUCAUUCUAGUUCUAGCAGUAUGCAGGUUGUUUUUCACAUGAAACUAGUUUAGUGGCCUUAGCUCCCACGAGUCUUCUGUAGAUUUGAGUGGUAGAGCAUCGGGACCAGUAAUCAGAAGGUCAUAGGGUCGACUCCUGGCUCGUACUUAUUGUUUUACCAUUCACUACUAUUAUUUCCAAUUGUGUUGCCUUUUAUUUAUUUAUUUAUUUCAUUUUAUUUUUGCUUUCUCUUUAUUUACUUUCUUUCCCCCCGACUUUUGAACUUUACACCGAACUUUGUCAUCUAAGACUCAUGUAGUCUGCUUUCUCGCUGAUUCCACUAACUGUUCCAUUUCUUAUGUGGUCUGUUUACAGUGGAAUCAAGCUCGAAUUGCUCAGAAAGAACUACAUGACAUUACAAUUCAACGCAACGAGCAACUUGAACAGGUAAUGGCUGCCCAAGAGGAAUUAAUGGCGCGACUGAAAGAGGAGUACGAGGAGAAAGAACGUCUGCAGAACGAACUAAAUAAGGCAAAUGAACAAAUGGAAAGUAUGGCGGCCGAAAACGACAGGCUUCAGGACGAAGCUAAAGCAAAAGAUCAGAAAGACGAAGAGAAAGCAGGAGAGCCAGAUGAAAAGUUGAAAGAAGUUGAAAAGGAAAACGCAGAACUCAAGACCAAAAUCGAGGAAGCUGAGAAAGCGCUGGAGGAAGCAAAAUCUCGGGAACAAGAGCUCGAGACGGUUAAACAACUGCUGUCCUCUGAAGUGGAGACUUUUCAAGAAGAAGCGAGAAUACGGCUGGCACAGGAGGUAGCUGAUAAGAAGAAAGAGGAAAGUGAGUACGAGCGGGAGAUAAACGCGUUGAAAGAGGAACGAGAUGAGCUGGCUGAAGAGUUGGAGGCUUUGAAGGAGUCGGGUGAUGAGUUGUUAGAGGAGAAUGAAACACUUAAGGCAGCUGUAGAUCAUCUCGCUAAUGAGAAAAAAGAUCUUGAGGAAAAGGUCUUGAAGCUUGAGGAGCAGAAACUCGACGAGCUUGACGGCCCUGAAGAGCUUAAGUCCAAAGUACAAGAGCUUCGACAAGCGUGCGAGAAGCUUAAAGAAGAGAAGGAGGCCCUAGCUGCGAAAGCGUCCUCUUUAGAGAAGGAAGCGAGCCGAUCUCAAAUGACUGGCUCUGAAGGUGAAGUUAUUGAGGAAAAUGAUCGCUUGAAGAAGGAGGUAGAAAAACUUCAAGAAGGCAACACUGAGUUAGAAGAAGAGAAUGAGAAACUUAAAGACGCCAUUGAGGAGUUCCGCGAAGCAGUUCAAGGCCUUUGGGAUGAGAAGGAAGAGCUUAAGAUUGAGUUGUCCAGGGCAAAAGGAGAAGACACGACUGAGUUCGAAGAGCUUCAACAACUGAGAGCCCAGGUGGCGGAGAUGACUGAGAAGCUUGAAAGCGCUGAACUGGAGCAAGAGAAGAAGAGGGAGUUACUUCAAAAGGCGCAGGUUCAUCUGGAGAAAAUUCCAGCGCUUGAAGCGCAGGUGGAAGAACAAAACGAGUUUCUGAGCCAGCUGAAGCAGGAGAGGGAACAAGACAAACAGGAAAUCGACAAGCUGCAGCGUGCUGCCUCACUACAUAACGAGGCGCCCCUGAUACAGGUUUUUGUGUUUUUUUUGUUGUUGUUGUUUUUGUUGUCAAGAGCCCUGAUUUGCUUUUCUUCAGUUUGUCCCAAUUUCUUUUUAAACACAACUUCCUCCAACACCCUCCUGAAUAUGCCUUGCAACUUCUUUGUUUCUGUAAACGUUGCAUGGUUACCUCGUUUUGAGCGGUUAAUUUGUUGAGUUCAUCUUAGCCCGUGAAAGGAAUUGGCCUGCUCCCAAUGUAUGGGUCUUCAUAGCUAAAAUGGUAGAGCACUGCGGCAUUAACGCAGAGGCCAUGGGUUCGAAUCCCUUUGAAGUCCCGAAAUUUUUUUUCGGGUUUAUUUGCAAUUGCUUUAAUUGCAAUAACCACUGCGACGAUCAUGUCUUCAUUUAAAUACCGUAAAAUUCCGAAAAUAAGCCCCUCCGUGUAUAAGCCCCUCAAAAUCGUAACGCAAAAAAACCCUCCGUUAAAUCGCCCCUCCGAAUAUAAGCCCCCCAGGGGGCUUGUACUUGGAAUUUGCCCUCGAAUACAAAGUAAAACAAAGCAAAAAUGGUAAAUUUCCUUCCCACUACAAGCUAGCCUAAUCGAUUUUGAAACGCAAAAACCUCUCAAAAAGGGCCUUUGAAAAAUAUAAGCCCCGGGGCCUAUUUUCGGAAUUUUACGGUAGUUGACUUAUCGUUGAAUCAGUCCGUUUUGGUGAAUUUAUUGUUUCAUACUUUUAUUGUUCAUUUUCUCUUUGAACAGGUGACCACUGUAGAAACUGUUGAAGGAGGAAUACACGGGGAAGAAUUAUGGGGGGUCGAAGGACAGGCAGAUGGCGGGGAUUCUCAGCAAUCUGGCGGAGAUACGCGGGAACUCAAGGAUAGAAUCACUGAGCUGGAACGACAAGUCGAGAGCUACAAGAAAGCCCUGGAGGAAAGCAUCCAAGAACCGGAAGCCAACAAACUCAUGGAGCUGGUGGAGCAAGUAAGUGCAGAGAGAGACGGCUUGGUUACCAAGUGUAAUGAGUUAGUGGAAAAACUCAGCGUCGAUAAACAAUCCACGGAAGGCAUGCAGUCCACAGUUGAGGAACUACGAACACGGCUGAAGGAGGCAGAGCAAAACUAUAAAGAGUUAGACAAAGAAUUGAGCGCCAAAUCCCAGACAGGAGCUAGACAUGUUAGCGCAGAUAAAAGAUUUGCAAGAUGAACUCACCAAAGCAUUAGAAGCUCUUAAGGCGGCGGACGAGCUGAAGGAAAGGCUGCAAGAAGAUCUGGAAACUAGUGAGGAGACGCAGAAAGAUCUGGAGCGGGAAAAAGGAGCGAUACAAAAGCAGCUGAAUGAGAGCUUUCUCCAGAUCUCCGCGCUUAAGGUAUUAGCUCUUAACCCUUUAAACCCUAAGAUCAAAAUUCAAAUUCUCAUUUGUUAUCCCUAUACGUUUUCAAUAGAAGAAGUGGGGAGAAUUUGUUGAAGUAUCAAUUAGAUUCAUCUUGUGUGAUCAUGUUCGUAAUUCUCAUUACCACUCUGUUUUACAAAGCAUAGCUAUUACAAGGAGAAAUUUGAUGCUGAUCACUCUUAGGGCUUAAAGGGUUAAGGUGAUGUUACACGAGACGAUUCGCAACGCCAAUUUUUAUCGCAACACAGCGUUGCAACAUUGUUGCGACAUUGUUUGGAAUGGAUACAACAUUGUUCCAACAUUGCAACACUGUGUUGCGCUAACAAUCGUCGAUGCGAAUCGUCCCGUGUAACAUGACCUUUAGACUUUAGAGAGCUUAAGCAACAACGUCUGCGACGGCUACGAAAACGUCAUUAAAGGGGCACCUUCAACUAGUGUGCAUUGCGGUCGUGCACUUCACCGAAAUCAUUUGCUGUAAUACGAAAUUACGAACGUUCUGAUUGUGUUUGAAAAUCAGAUUGUAUCUUCACAACCUUAGGCAAUAGAAGGCCAGCGCCGUAGCUAGUAUGAGGCCAACCGAGGCACUCGCCUCGGUAAAAUUUUGACGAAUUUCGCCGAUCAUUUUUAUUUUACAUAAGCGAUCAUCAAUCAUGAUAUUACAAACACAAUAUAAAUUACCAUAUCAUCGAUCUCACUACGUACGUUAACUCAAAUUUUUUUGAACAAAUACUGAUCAAAACCAUUGGCGAGGUUAACGGUCACCCAGAUUAUGUAGCUUGUUUCUGAUUAUUGCUUUUUAAAUUCCACUUAAAUUAACUUGAAAAGUUACCGAAAGGCCCAGAAAACGCUGCAAAUCGCAUUUCCGAGAGACUAAAGUUCAAAAUUUCUCGGGGGGGCAUGCCCCGAACCCCCCUAGCAACUCCCGCCUGCCUCGGUUGGCCGUUUGGUCUGGCUACGGCACUGAAGGCUGUGAUACCCUUCUAAAAAAAACAUAGAUACAAUCCUGUUAUCAAACACAAAAUCACGUACGUAAUUUCCGUAUUGCAACAAUUUAUUUCGGUAAAGUGCACGACCGCAAUGCACACUGGUUGAAGGUGCCCCUUUAAAAAGUGAAUUUGCGCUGCUUCAAACUUUAUCGCGCUUAUUCCAUCCCGUUCAUCCUGUUGGCAGUUUUUUUCUGGAGUUGAAUGCUUUAAGACUGUAUCGAAGUUCUGGAAAAGAAACCGAAAGUCGUUUUGUGUUUACGUCCUCCACAAAACGUGAAAUUAGGCAUUUUCACGUCGUAGUCGUGCAGUAGCUUGUGUACAGACUCGUACAGUGACGGCAAUAAAAUGUACAAAAAAGCGUGAUGAACGUGCAUUUCUUGUGUUGCAAUCUAAACCUAUUGCCUUUUUACCGUUCUCGUUGAUGUCGCCGUCGUUGUUGCUUAAUAGGGACCUUAACAUCCGGCGACGGCAACGGGAACUCCACAAAAGCAAUAGGUUUAAUAACCAAAACAACAAUUUUGCACGUGCAUCACGCUUUUUUGUACAUUUCUUUGCCGUCACUGCACGACUAUGACGUGAAAAUGCCUAAUUUCACGUUGGACAGAGGAAGUACACAAGCGACGACGAAAUUUCCUCUCUCUUUCUGCACUUGGCUAUGGUUCUUAGGAAUUCAACUUAAGGAUGGUUCACCUAUAUUUGACAAAGUUAGUGACUUGGAGUAAUCGCGAUGAAGAUUGGAAGAACACUAAUUCACUUUUUCAGCGACGUUUUCUCUGCCGUCGCCGUCCUCGGUUGUUAAGGUCCCUAAUCUUCCUCUUGACAGGCUGGUAAAAUUAGAAAGACAGACAGCUGAUGAAUGGGGAAUAGAAGUGAAUCGUGGUUGAGUCUGUUUGCUCUAGGCAAAAAUUAAUGGCAAAGUUUUAAUAUUAAAAACGAUUCAGGUAAAAUAGAGGUCGAGAAUUCCGCUGUGUUCGAAGAUAACGCCCGCCCCUUCCUCAAAGAAAGCAACUUGAAGGAACUAGUCCGAUUUUUUUUUUGUCUUAGUUAAAAUGGAUUUCCUCUGUGGUAGAAUUGAACAAAUUUACCCUGAUUUGGUAGUAUUUUCCGCUUGAUUUUUAUUUAAAACGCUCUGGAUUUAAAGAUCUGCUACUGCUUCUUGGGCGUUACCAGUUUGCAUUUAGAACGACAUCGUUUCGUUUUCCGUUUUAGGAACAGCUCAACCGAGUAAAACACGCGAGUGGAGAGGAACGCGAUGAGACCCCGACUCCUGUUCGUAUGCUCCGAGACGAGCGCGAAGCCUACGAUCGGAAAGACCAGGAAUCCCGAGCGUUGGCCGAGCAGCUCGACGCUUUUAAAGAGGCCCAUGAUAAGAAAGAAGAAGAAUUGCAGAACUUGACCGAGCAAAUGGAAGAAAUGAAGCAGAUGAUGGAAGAUCAACAGAAAUUACUCGAAGAUCAACACAGCAAACUACAGGGGCAGGAAAACUUGAUAAACGAGCGCGAAGACCGCAUGAAAGAACUGGAAUUACUAUUGGAAGAGAGGAAAAAGGAAGCUCCACAUAGGGAAGAAUAUGAUAUGGCGCUCAAAGGUAAUUAUUAUCAUCAUCAUCAUCAUUAGCAUUAUUAGCAUUAUUAUUACAUUUGAAAAAGAAUACAGUAACACACUCCCAUUUUAAGGUUUUUCCCUUCGUUGCAUCAUAUUUUAUUAUAACACUUCGUGUUAUACAUCGAGCCGAUUUUUUGAAAACCAGCCUAACGAAAUUUGCGGUGAUUUGAGUGAAAGGCGUCAAAAGACAGGUUUUGUGGACGCGAUCAGCUCCAGAAUCACGCUAACGAAGGAAAAGGAAAGGAGAAAAAGAAAGAAAGAGCGAGGAGGAAGAAAGGAGGAGAAGAGAAAAACAGCAAUGGUUGCACUCUUGGUUUUUAUAAUGGCUACUUUAAAGAUUUGGCCGAAAAAAAAACUGUUGGACGAGAAGGUCCAUUUGCCGGUAACGUUUUCAAAAAUCCGGCUAGAAAUGUUUAAAUGAAAUACUGUGAUUGCAAAACGCAUUUUCUUUUAUGAAUAUCAAAUUGUAACUCCUUGCUUUUCCACUUCAAAUUAAAGUCUUUUCGCACUGACAAGCUCCUACCGGUUUGUCCCCAACCGGAAGUGACGUAGCAGCGCGCGCGUUCAGUGCCUGUUUCCAGAUCGCGGCUCGCGCAAGUUUCUCUUUGUUCACGCAAGAGCUAGUGUUCUCAACUUUUCGUGGAAAUAUGACAUGCAUGUAGUGAUUGUAUGGGCAUAAGAGUAAGCGAAAAGCUUAAUUAAAGCGUUUAGCAAAAAUGAAAAUCCGUUAAAUUUAAGCAAAAUCAGUUAGCAAACUCCUCCACCGGAAGGAACUCGUCUGCGCGCAGACUUAAAUUUGACGUGGAAAAGCAACGAAAAUAGACAAUCUUGUGCGCAUAGGCUAAUAAAGACAUGCGCUUCAUGGUUUAAUAAUCUUGUAUCCCGAAUUACAGGAAGUGAAGACGCUCUGAUUCAGCAACAAAGAGCGGUUGAAGAACUUUCUGAGAGAUUGAAAGAAAUGAAAGAGGUGAUAACCGAUAACGAAGACAAGCUUAAGAAGAAAGAGGAACUGCUGAUCUCCAAAGAAGAGGAAGUGAAACGAAAAGACGAGGAGCUGGGUGUAAAAGGGCAAAAGAUCAAAAUGCUUCAAGAUGAGUUGAGCCGAGAGAAGACGGAUAGAGAGCGAGAAUCAGAGGCUGGAACACUCCUCGCUGCACAGGUUUGUCUCUAACCGGAAGUGACGUGACGGCGCGCGCGGUAUUUGCUUGUUUCCAGAACGCGGCUCGCGCAAGUCUCUCUUUGUUUACGCAAGAGCUAGUGUUUUGGCGGAUAUAUGACCUGCAUGUAGAGAUUUUAUGGAAGAGGAAAAAAUAAGCGAAAAUCUCAGUUAUUGGCGUUUAGCACAACCGGUGAGAAAUAUGUUUUUUUUUCUUUACAAUCGCUCAUUUUGACCAUAGCGUUAUCAUUUUCCCUUGUUUUGCGCUUUGCUUUUUUUGGCAACAGCGUCCUUCGGUUUUUGGUCUAAGAUCGCCACUUUGUUUAAAAAUAUUACUACGGCGAUUGGAGCGACAGCGUCACUUUAAAAGUAAAUUCGCGUUCCUUCAAACUAAAGCGCGAUUAUUCCAACUCGAUCAAUUUGUCGAAUGUAGACGAAUUCUCGUGGGAUUGAAUUCUUGAGGACCGUAUCCAAGUACAAAAAAAGAAGGAAGAAAUUCAUCCUCCGGUGUUUGGCUACUCCAGAAAACGGCUUAUUGAGAGAUUUCACGUCGUAGUUUCAACUUUUUCAAUCCAUGUCCAUCCUUGCCAUCAGUAUCAACAAACGGUAACAAACAUUUCCAAUGCCUAAAUAUGGUCUUAAAUAACAAAACUGGAUCAUUAUUUUGGAAUACAAUUGGCACAAAAUACUCGUUUUAGGUUUUUAAUAGUGUAGCAAAUAGCCUGACAUACUCACAUUGCCCCCUUUAUCUGGAAGUGACUGAGUUUGGUGUGAAUCCUCAAUAAUGAAGCACGUGCUUUAACCUCUCUCUUGCUGAAAAAGAUAAAGAAUGAGUUGGAUCAAGUGCAAGAAGAAGUUCGCACUAAAGAAAACGAAAAAGGGCAGAUUCAAAGAAAUCUUUUGGCCGAGUCACGCCAGUUGACUGCGUUACGAGCAGAGAUGGAUCAGUUACGUGACAGAUUCAAAUCCCAGGAGGACAGUCAUGUGGCAGCUGUUGCUGACCUAAGGAGGGUGCAUCAAGAUGAAGUAAACGCUCUGAAGGCUGAGUUAAAUAACGUCCAGAGGGGGGUACCCUCAGGGGCGGAGGACACGCUGAGUCCAAGUCAACAAAUUGCCUUUCAGCAGGUUAGUGGGAUCAGUUGAGGUUUUGGGCUAACUGACCACCUACCCCUCCCCUCAAUCACAAUUUUGCCUAAGUGAGAAAUAUGUGUUAAUGUUGAUUUUGGGGAGGGGUAGGUGGUCAGAUACCCACAAACCUCAAUUGAUCUUUGUGGUUCACAGUAAGGUAACUGCACAUCCCUGUGGAGACUAACUUCAAUGUUCUCCUAACGAUAUCCAUACAGUAACAGGGACAAGGUUAUGAGAAUUAAUAAAACGAUCACCAGAGAGAGAAAUAGUUCGAUCUUUUAUCACAUUCUCUCAACUACAAUCUUUGAAUAUUAGUCUGGAGAAAUUCGAUGUAGACAUCGGGGCGUAAAGCGUUUUAACAAGUGAUGAUGAUGAUGGUUCAUCCUUAAAUUUGUUUUAGAAACUUAAAAGCGUAGAAGAAAAUCUCAAACGGCAGUUCGAGAACCAGCUCAUCGCAGUGAAAGAGAACGAAGAGCAAAGGCGCCUGCGUGACGUGAAGCAAGUCAAGGAGGAACUAGAGAUGAAAAGCCUGGCAAAUAUGAAUAAUCUGCGACAAGAACUCUUAACAACGCACAAUGAUCAGGUCAACAGAAUGCGUCAGGAUCAUCAACGGGAGAUUGAACGGCUCCUAAGUAUAUCUGGUGAGUAUAUAUCUGGAGAAACCUUUUAAUUUUUAUGGGGAUCAAACUCAAAGUUGACAAAAAAUCUACAAUAUCAUUUUGUAAAAUGGUGAGAGCACAUUGUAAAACUACUGCUAAAGAGGUUUCUUUUGAGUAGUAUCGUGAUAGGAUUUUUUCCAUAGAAGCAGAAGUUAGAACUACGCAAAAUAGGCGCUUAGGUCAUCGACAAAUCGCGCUCGAUCGCGAAGAUGCUAUUGUGGAUCAUUUAGCGAUGGUAAUCUGGGAAGAGGACAAAACUACUCAGAGUAAUAAUUUUGGGGGCCGGAUGGCUCCCUGCUCUUCUCCCCUCCCCUCCCCUGCACCUAUAGUGGUUCUGUGUUCUCCCCAUCUUUCGUUUUUGAGAUAGACAUUAGCGGUUCUACGAUUUGAUGUUCCAACUUUCCAUCGCAAGACCAUUCAUAGGUGAACAUUAACUGACACAAACCACCCGGGUGGAAUCAUAAACCUAUAAAAUUUGACGUGGUGGGAGAAAGACCUGUCACAAUGUAUAUCCAAAUCAGCUGAACAGACUAUAAAGAGUAGAAAAAUUGCACCCCCUCAAAUCACAGGCCACGUUUCUUGAAGUUCCCCAAAGGGAAUGAUGCGAACCAUUUGAUUUUCCAAGCAGAAUUUCUGUAAAUGUAAAUCGUAGCUACCCAGUCUUUAUUUUACCUCACCAGGCAUCGAUUCUGCAUCUCCAGAGAUGCGGAUGCGCCUUGGCUCAGCGCUGGAUCAGAAUGAGCAGCUUGAUAAUGAGCUUGUGGGUCACCUGGCCCGACAAGCUUUACUCAAGUCCCCAGCUACUUCUCCUCGAAGAUCUCAAACCGCUAUUGAGGUAAACCUUCUCUUUCGUAUCAGUCUAUGUUUUUGUCUGGAAAGCCGGCGCUGUCUCCUUCGCAGCGGCGUCUCUGUGUCAUAGCCCGUAUUGAGGCUGGCGCCUUGCAUCUAAAUAAUGACGCACGUGUUUUAUUUUAUUUUUAUUUUUUUAUCCCUAGGGUCUUCUUAAUAAUCUUCACACCGAGGCUGAAACUAUCCAGUCCCUCAUAAGUGCAGUAUCGACUCCAGUCAAAGAUCGCUCACUGGCAAGCCCGGAUGUAACGUCUCUGCAGUCUUCAUGGUCAGCGGAAAAACAGGCUCUGCUUGAAGCUAUCAAAUCGUACAAAAAUCUUGUUGUUCAGGCUGGAAAGGCGUCCUCGGUAAGAAAUUAGGGACUUUACGAUCCGACGACGCGAUGGUAACGAGAACCUCAAAAAACAAUAGGUUUAGAAGGCAAAACAACUUUACACAUGCACCACACUUUUUUGUACAUUUCUUUGCCGUUUUUGAAUAAUUGCUAAGUGAAAUUGCCUAAUUUUACAUUUUACGGAGGACGUAAACAAGCGAUGACGAAAUUUUAUUUCUCUUACUGAACUGAGAUAGGGAUGGUAGGAAUUCAACUCCAGGGGGGGUUCGCCUACUUUUGUUAAAGUAAAUGGGUAGGAAUAAUCGCGAUUGUUAGACUGGAAGAACGUAAAUUCACUUUUCGAGGGACGUUUUCGCUGCCAUCGCGUCCUCGGAUCGUCAAGUCCCUAUUUACGAUACCUCCUCAAGGGCUCUCACCCUUUUAGAAUGCUAAUUUAAAGACAUACAUACAUACAUACAUACUUUAUUGGCUCGUCCCCACGGGGCUUUUCAGAGUCAAUUUUACGUUACAAAAUUAUAAACCAAGUACAUGACAAUAAGAAUAUAACAAUGAUAAAAGAAGACAAAGGUCAAUAAAAUUAAUUAAAUUAAUUAAAUAAAGCAGUCAUUAAGAAGCUUUUGCCUGAGUAAACACUUGAAUUCCGUCACGGAUGGGCUAAGUUUGAGCGCAGGCUGCAACUCAUUCCAGAGAGAGGUUGCUCUAUAUUGAAAGGUCCCUUUGCCGCUGGCAGUGCGGAAGAGUGGUAUGUUCAAAAGUUGAGAAUUUCUCGUAUUCCUUGUCGAGACGGCGGAUCUUCCAACGAGCUUUGAUGUCAAAUACCCGAGCACAACUCGUCAUGCACUUAAAACCAGAACAGCAAAACGAAAAUAAAGUUGUUGCCUGAUUGGUAGCCAGCGCAAGUCUUUUAGCAAAGGAGUUAUGUGAUCGAAUUUUUUAGCGCCGCUCAAAAUACGACAAGCGAAAUUCUGUACUGCUUGGAGCCUGUCCAGAUUAGUUUGAGUAGUAUUGUUCCAAACAGAAGAGCAAUAGAAUAAUUUACUAAAUACUAAGGCAUUUAUAAUAAUAAUUAGCGCGUGUUUAUUAAAAAUAUGCUUAACGCGGUUAAUUUGGCCCAAACGUGACAUGCAUGAGGAUACAGUAGAAACAAUAUGCUCAUUAUAUGUUAAGUUAGAGUCCAGUGUAACACCAAGGUCUCUUGCAGCCUUAACGGGCUCGAGUUCCUUCCCCAAUAAAAAUAGCCUAAAGUCGCUAACCUUAGCAGUCAUUUGCCGGCUGCCGAAUAUCACUAGUUUUGUUUUAUCUGGGUUGAGUAAAAGCUGAUUAUCAAAGCACCAAUUCCUAAUGCUUAACAAGUCCUUGUUCAUUUUUUCUAUCGUUUCGUGCCGUGAUUGAAAUUAAGCAGGCUUUUUUGUGGCGCGACUUUUCACAGGACAAGGAGGGCGAGCUGUUGGCGUGCAUGUCAACCUUAAACGAUUUCAGCUCGAUUUAUCGCAGUCAAUCGUCGCGCUUCAAUUAUGAUCGAACUUUAGUUUAACUUUAACUUCAAAUGUCUGUUUGCAUAUUUGUUUACAAGCAAUGCGCAUAAACCCAGUGAUUCUGCUCAAAAAUACCCCUGUUUAUACAAUAACAAUUGCAGACAGAUACCGCUAAAAUCGUUGCAAAUAUCGAUUUUCUAGACAUACAACAUAACGCGCGGUAAACACGACUGUGCAGGUGGCUCCCUGACUGGACUGUGUAUAUCGAACUGACGUGUCUAAUAAUUCUUUUAAUAUCCGCUAUUUUUAGCCCUCUAAACUUCCUUUGGAAAAUGACUGGCGAUCAGUUCUACUCGACGCUGUAAAAAAGGUUAGUAAUUCUGUGUUCGCUGAUUAUAUGUUGGUUCUCAGUAGCGGUAAUUCGCCUCUUUGAGGUUGCGCGGGAGACCGGCUCAAGAUGGUUGUCAAAGUGCAUUGUGGGACUGUUUUGGGCGGCGAAUUUACCGCCAUGUUGAAAUGCGUCCUCAAAAAAAGUCCCACAAUGCACUUUGACAACCAUCUCGUCCCGGUCUCCCGCGCAACCUCAAAGUGACGAAUGGAGGCCUAAUAGCCAUGCGCUUGGUACAGCGGGCUCAAUUAUGACCAGUUUAUUAAAAAACGGAUGCUCGCACUCGGAAAACCAGUUUGACGAGGCAAAACAAGAUUGACUAGUCUAGAUGUUCGGGCUCCUUUUCUGUUCCUCAUUCAAGAACACAACAGGAGCUUCUGUGACGGGUGGGUGACGUUCCCCAUACUAGUGUAUUUUUCGAUGGUUUAUUUGAUUGUUGUUGUGGUUAUUUUGCCAUGUAGGUUUUCGAGAAAGAUCGAGAUGUUUUGGUCGCUGAACUGCGGACUUCUCAGCUUAUGAAUGGUCAUGACGCACCGGACGCUGGUUUGCUGCGAGAUCAAAUACACACGCAGGUAUAGAGCUUUUCUUGUGAUGUAAUUAAAGACAAGUUGUUAAUCGUAGCUUGAAUGUUACAGCCUAGUUGAUGGUAUUUCUCGUCAGGGUCACUUUGCAAUAACCAUUUUUUUUUCGCGAAGAAAGGGUGGCACAGUGGUGAGAGCACUCGCCUCCCAUCAAUAUGGCCCGGGUUGGAAUCUUUGCGUCGACACCAUACGUGGGUUGAGUUUGCUGUUGGUUCUCUCCCUUGCUCCUGAAGUUUUUUCUACGGGUACUCCGGUUUUAUCUUCUCCUUAUAAACCAACACUUCCAAAUUCCAAUUCGAUCUGGAACACACGGACACGUUUUAACGAGUUCUUAUGAACUCCAAAGUACUCCGUGCGUAAACAAAUAACAAUUACAAAAAUUACAAUGUCCGAAUUGCCCCAAGUCUCUGUUUCAAAGCGAGACUAAGUGCGAAGCCAUUGAUAUGAUUUUUUUCUCCUGCAAAUUAAACUCAUUUUCACAAGAAAGGUUUUGCACUUAGUUUUUGGACUCUGGAUUGGCUUAAUGAUCGCGAUGUUUUGACUAGCCUGCAUGGAAGAAGCAAAAAGGGGAAUUGGAGGGGGCGGGGGGGGCUGCAAUAUUAAUGUUGGAACGAUAUUACAGCCGUUUAAAACAAUGUGCUGUGUUGCGCUAAAACUCGUCGUUGGUAUGGUUAGUCUCUUGGGAACUCGGCUCAAAUACCUGUGAUAUACUUGCCCCUCUAAUUACAUCUUACCUAACUCCUUACGUUUUGUUGAUUUCUAAGGAUGAGCUUUCAGGUCGAGUCAUGGAAGAGCUUCGCAAGAAGGAUCGCGCUUCUCUGAUUUCAGAGAUUCGAGAGCUUAGAAAGUCUGCAGUGAUGAAACCACGUAUCGACCAGGUAAUUUAGACAUGGAUGAUAAACGCAUUAUCCCUUUUAGAACAUUUUGCUGUGCAGCGUGUGUUUCUGGUUAGUGGAUCUAACAAUUUCAAACAUUAACCUACCGUUUAGUCAUUGAUUCUAUCUUAGGGUGCUUAACAUUUCUCAGGACAGAUCAGCCAGACCAGUCCAGCACCAGCACCACCACCACCAUCAUCAUCAUCAUCAUCAUCUCCAUCAUCAUCACCAUCAUUAUCAUCAUUAUAAUCAUCGUUAGUAAUGGUAACAGGACUGAGUGGAGUCCAAUUCGGUCUGUAAUCAUACGAGUGAUUAACAAAAUCGGACGACCGCGUAGCGGGAGUCCGAUUUGUUUAAUCACGAGUAUGAUUACGGACCGAAUUGGACGACACGAAGUUCUGUUACCAAUUAAUCGUAACUUUAACAAAAUUGGUAAUAUAAUAGGCUAUUUUUUAAAUCAAAACACAAGCAGAAGCCGAUUACACAAGAAAUUCGAAAUUUUGUUUUGCUAGCAGUGAAAAAAAAAGCCAUUUAAGCGCGCGCAUGAUGGCGCGUACUGUCCAAUUACUUAGGCAUGACGCGUACUGUCCUAUUAAACUGUCCAAUUAAGGCUGAAAUCAGGGCAGUUGAUAGCCAAUCAGAUUUGACAAUUUUGUUAUAGUUAUGAUUACAAUUGUUACUGUAUUGAUAUAAGUGACGAUGGUGAAUAUCAAGCCUGUGUCAUAUUGAAAAAAGAUACAAAUAUAAUACCAACGACAAUAAUGUGAUCUAUCUUUUCUAAUUGUUUAUUUCCAGAAGCAAGAUCUUCUGGAGCACCUGCGUAACGAACUGGACGAAGCUAACAAAAGAGAAAGAGACAUCAGGACGCAGUGUAAGAGAAAUGCAAUUUUUUGUUUGCUUUGCAUUGUAGCUUCAUUUUUCAAUUCACACGUCGUGUGUUUUACCUUAAGCCCGUUGAUAACGAAAUCUAUGUGGGUAAUAAAUUUGUAGAUUCUAGUAUUGCCUCCAAAAUAAUAACUUAUGAUUACAACUUAAACGACGGUCACACCAGCAAUAACAUAUAUCUACAAAACACUCCUACGGUAAGAUCGACAUUUUUUUCAUUUCCUAACAAUUAUCCCAUUUAUCAUAAUACAGAGCAACUGCAAGAGUAAAUCCACAUCGAUUUUGUAUGACGAUGAAGACCAAUUUCUUCCUAAAGUGUUGGUUCUUAAAAAAAUGAAACGCGACGAUUACAUUUAACCCAGAUUUCAUAUUUUAAAUUUGCAGCUAGCCUCUACGGGUACAGUUCUUGUAAAAAACAGACGUGACUUUCUUUUUGCAAGCUUUAGAGUCACUUAGACUUCAACUUAGAAGGGUCGUGGAGUUUUUUUCUGCCAUUUUUCAGGAUACAAUUUUUCAGUUAUAUCCAACCUUUAUUUUAGUGCUUGUAAAAAGCCAGCACGCGGAGCAUGUACAAAAUGACCUGAACAACUUACUCAAGAAAGAGCGAAGCUUGGUGGCAGAUUUAAAGGAUGCUCUUGCUAAAGAGAAGCGACGGCAAGCCGACAUGAUGGACGCCUUGGAAAAGGAAAAAGUCCAUGCCAUGUCACUUAAGUAAGUUAAUCAUGUUUAGAGAUUUGUUCAUAAUAGUCUUGUAUCGGUGAUAGGUGGAGAUAAAAGGGAAAAAAGGACUUUUCAAUUGAGUAGCGUGAAGUAAAACUAUAAAUAAAAAAUUAAAAAACAAAAAUAACGGUUUAGAGGUAGCACAACCACAAAGUAGUUCUUCGUCUAUUAUUCCUGGUCGAAUUGGAAUUUGGAAGUGUUGGUUUUUAAGGAGAGGGGAAAACCUUGAGUAGGCGGAGAAAAACCUCUCGGAGCAAAGCCUGGGAGCAAACUCUACAUUUGGAGGAGUCGCGAGAAGGCCACGAGAGCAGCACGCGAAAGGAGAUGCGAGUGCGAGGGGCGGGGAAAGAGAGGGAGAGCUCUCCUUUUCCUCCGCUUCUAUCUCGCGCGUUCUCUCGCGCCUCGCUUCGCUCGCCAUAAUUGGAGAGCUUGCUAGGUGGCUACUCGGAGCAAAGGAGAAAACCAACAACAAACCCACAUAUGGCGUCGACGCUGGUAUUUGAACCCGGGCCACACUGGUGGGAUUACUGCCCUACCCUUGCUCUUCCAAAAGUAGAAAAAUUACUCUGGCAAUCAGAAGACGCGCUUAAUAUGAAAUCAACCAAUCAGAGCUCUGAGCCAAUACACCGGGCUGCCUCGUACCCGGGUCCUCCUCGGGAUUUUCGACCGUAGUCCGGUGAAAGGGGUCAUGAGGAGAACGAAAGGGCGCCAAGCGCAUAGAUAAAGCUGUUCCUCAGUGCUUUUAAACCACUGAGAAAGAGGGAGCACCCAUGAAACGUCUGGUUUUUCAACCUUUUCAACGCAUAUUUUGAUAAACUUUGCCAUUUACCCGAUUAAUUGCGUCGCGCAGUUUCUUCAAAAGUUUUUAAUACUAGAAAUGCUUACUUAUCUUCUUGUAGGACAAGCCUUCAGGGAGAAAAGGUGCGUCUUUCGAACCAAACACAAGCCUUGGAGCUAGAACGAGCCAACACCAAGAAGUACCAGGACGCUGUGGAAACUCAAAGACAGCGCACUAAGGAGGAGAGCAAUCGGCUUCACGAAGACAUUGAAACUCUUCGACGUCAGGUAGCGGUGGCCAAGAAGGACAAGACAGAUGUGGAGUUACUGCUAGAGAGAGAAAGAAUAUCGCGAUCAACCCUCGAGACUGAGCUGGAAAGAUUGAAAGUUCUGCAAGGAGAAGCUUUGGGUGAGGAAUUUGAUUUAUAAAACGUCACGCUACUUUUUUUGUUAUUUAUUUUAAUAUUUAUUUACUUAUUUACAAAAAAUAAUUACAAAUACAUGUUAUUUUAAGUAUUGAAGACUAUUUUCUAUUUUCACUGCGGGCUGAAAAUAAAAAAAAAACUAAAUUCAUAAAGGAAAGAAACUAAAUUAAAAGGAAAAAGACGCAAACCUAGUAAGUGAAACAGGACAGCAGUAAACAUCACGCUACCUGCUAUCUUUGUGAAAAGCUCAAACUUGUUUUAGUGCCAGCUGAAUUCCAAAGAUGAUGGUGCAGUUUUGUUAUUCAAGACUGUAUUUAGAAAUUAAAACUGUUUCCUUUCCUCUAUUUCUACGGAUGGCAAGGAUGGACAUGGAUGAAACUUGAAAAAAUGUUUGGCUAUUUUUUCUCAAGGUUUAAUGCUACGCCUGCAAACAUCGCCAAAAAAUUAGUAUGGUCAGUGCUCCCUGAUGAAAUAUCUUUGGUAUCUUCUUUACGACUCUACCUUAGCAGUUUGUGUUUGGGUGAAGGCAUUCAUGACUUUAAGGAUCAUUAAACGUUCCUGGGAAACUGCCCACUUACCCCUCCCCUAAGCCAACAUUUUACCCUAACUAAGAAGGAAGUGUUAAUGUUGGCUGAGGGGAGGGGUCGGUGGGCAGUUACCCAGAAACGUUUAAUGAUACCUUUUCUUCUCGUCCAUUUAACAAAAGACUUGUCUUCUAUGUGCUCAUUAUUUUUUUUCCUUUUUAACAGAAACAGAUCGCGAAACAAUCGAAGAACUCAACAUAGCGUUAAGAAACGAGAGAACUCGAGCAGAGCAGAUUCAGCAGGCGUUCACUAACGAAAAACGGCAGACGGAAGCACUGAAACACGUAAAAGAGCAGGCAGAUCAACUGAGAAGCAUUAACAAAGGUUACUUACUGAAGGUCGUGUCCAGGUGGCACGUAGGACGGGGUCGGGAUUGUGUCGAAGUGCACUAUGGGAAUGUUUUUUAGACGCUAACGUUUCUUUUAUUGGCUGUAGUGAGAUGGAGCGGGAAACUGGGUCAAAAUUCGUCUCACAAAACAGUUCCCAUAGUUCAACUCGACACAACUUCGACUCAGUCUCUCUCGUAACUUCGUUGCUGGCUUGCACGUGACGUCACGACGCCCAUGUUGGUGGUCAAAAACAUAAGCGUUUGAGGUUUCUCUCCUCCAUUUUCAUUUAAAUUGGUAUCGACCACAAACAUGGCCGCACUGUCAUGUGGCUGCAAACCAAGAAUUCGCCAAUAGGAAACAGUAGAGGAAGCAUUUGCCUUGACAUCACGCAAGGGGUGACCGAAUCCGUUCCAACCUCUCUAUUUACGCAAGUACAGAAACGAGCGCUAGAGGUAGGGGUGGGGUUAGGCGGUCUUUUCACUUUGACACUUACUCAAGUUAGCCCACUGCGCAGGCGCUCUUUUUUUUCGCAACUUUCCUCCACAACGUAUGGGAGAAGGGCGUGACGAAUCAUCAAAUGAAAUACGUAAACAGUCUGGUAAAUCAAAUCUCUUGCUUCAAUCCCUACCGAACUGAAGCAGCUCCAGAGUUUCGUUAACAGAUAAACUUUUUACCUUUUCAUUGUUUACGUCUGCUAAAACGUUUUUUUUAAAUUCUGUUUUAUUCUCCUAGAGCUACAAGCAGCCCUUAACGCGGCAAGAGAACGGUCUGUGGAACUCAGUGCCUCUCUUGAAGACGAGAAAAAUCGCAGUGCUUUCCUUGAAGUGUCUCUUGAGACAGAAAAGGAGAAGAACGAUGAGUCAGAGAAAACAGAGAAGCUCGUAGCGCAUCAGCUUAAGGGCGCGCUUGAUGUUGUGCAGGUACUUAACAUUGGUUAAGAUUAAUUUGUUGUUGGUGUUAGGAUCUCGAAAAUGGUUUAAAAUACUUUAUACUUGAAAGAUGUGAGGCAUGCACAGGACAACCUAACUAACGAAGUACGCACAGGGACCCUAAAGUGGGGGAGUCUAAAGAUGAUUUUCAUUCGUCAUGAUCUUGCUAGUUUGUUCACAGAACAUCUUUUUCUGGAAACGUUUUAGAAAUCCUGUUUCAAACAGAACAUGCGGAGAAAACUCACUCCAUUUUACUUCCUUGACUUCUCAGGCGGAAGCGGAUUUUUGUUCUCGCACGUCAAAGAGAGAAACGAGGAGGACAAAAAAGCGAGAAUAUUGUAGCGACUCUUUUGUGUCCAUCCUCUGCUACAUUUAGCACGGAACGGGCUGAUUAAUUCGAUAAUUUCUUUGUCGUUUAGAAACAAUUAAUUGAAUUGACGGGCACAUUAGAAGAGGAGAGACUUCGGGCGAGACGAUUACAGAACGAACGAGACGUACAACAGGCAACGGCAAUGAGCCAUAAAGAGAAAGAGAGGCAUCUACAGAGCGAACUGGAUAAUGAGAAGAAGAAGCGAGCACAAGUUGAACAGAAACUGGAGAACGAGAGAGAAAAGAGCUCCUCUCUCAACAGAGACCUUACAGCAAGAGACUCGAAGAUUGAUGAAUUACAGAAAGACUUAGAAGCCCAAGUUUUGCGAGAAUCUGACAAGGUGAGUUUUGACUAGGGUUACGUUAGAGUCGACUCUCUUUUAUUUUUGACCUUUUUGAAAUUGUACAGGUUCAAAUUCCUCACUGCAGAAACACUAGGUACAAUGGGUACAAGCUUUGGCCGGAGUGAUUUCAGGGAUCUUUUGGGUGGACAGGGCGUUAGUUAUGAUUGGUCGAUGUCUCGACGAUAUUCAAAGAGGCUAUUAACCAAUCACAAGUAACGCUUUUUCACCCAAUGAUCCCAGGAAUCGCUGCGCUGAAAGAGCUUGUACCCAUUCCCACAUUCACGCAUCGUUGAACCCCUAGUAAACUUUGUUAUUGUGUUUUUAUUUAAGCGGGGCACGUUACCUCUCACUUGUCAAGUUUAUAAUUUCUUUCCUUGACAGUGUAAAAUAUCCGGCCUAACCUUCUCGCUAUCUAUCCCUAGGAGGCGUCCAUAUAUCCUCUCCGUAUGCGACUGCUGCUUCAUCAACAACAACUGGAAUCCAUGCGACAACAGCAUCAAGUGCUUAUCAAUAAGCACCAGAACUCAUUAGACUCCACUAAACACAGGUAUCUAACAGAGCCCGGUUCCUCAAAAGAUGGUUAAGUUUAAGCCAGGAUUACGCCAAAUUGUAAGCACGGUUUUCUUUCCUAAGAUACUGUUAAGCCUUUUCUCCGAGAUACAGAAAUGAUAACCCAAAAUGUUACUCUAAGCAGUACACAGGAAGGUAAAAUACAAAAAAAAGAGAACAAAAUUGUAAUCCUGGGCUAGCACUAAUCGGCCUUUCAGGAACCGGGCUCAGGGCCCGAAAAAAGUCCCUUCCGGUCGUUCGGUACAAGCAGAUUUUGUUUGUGGGGAAAGUAACCUUUAGACCUUACUUGUCCAGUAGGCAGGGUUCAAGCCAGUCAUCCUCUAACAAAAUCAUUAGCUAAGACAAGCAAGAAGUGGCCCCAGGCAAGCAAAGUGUGAGACCUGCUUGCCCAAAGGAAAAGCUGGAGUUUCUUUUUUUUUGGAGCCAUGGGUAUAUUAUGCACUUCAGCGCAGUCAAUAAGAAAUUCGGCUUUUUGUCUGAAUACAUUCUGCUAAAUAUCACAAUGGUAUACUAUUAUACAGUCAAUUCGUAAUUAAACGGGCUGAUAGAAACCUUGUGGCAGGAAAAACGCUGCACGUAGGAAAACACCACGCGCCACUAAAUCACGUGAAAGAUGUAGUGAACUACUGGGCAUGCGCAUGCCGAGCGACUGCGGACCACGAGCACUAAAGGCGUUCUUUGUUGUUAACUCCUUUAAAUUGUAUUUAAAUACACCUAUAUCUCAAGAGCUUUGAAUAAUAAUGUGUUUUUUGUUUUUACAGGGAUAACAAGGAGUUAGAAGAAGUGAGGCAGUCUCUUACAAAUCUGCUGAGAGAACUAGAGCAAAUCAGAGCCACACUUACAGUGCAUAUAGAUGUAUGUUGUUAAUAGAAAAACGAUGUAAUAUUAUUUCAUUUUGUCCAUUGGCAAGAUAUCCUUGUGUUGAUUGGAGUAAACAUAAUAUAUGCAGGGCCAUCAUUAUCGUAUUCGUCAUCAUCAUCUUCAGCAUUAUCAUCAUAAUCAUCGUCAUCACAGACCUCUGUAUCAUUGUCGUCUUUAUCAUUAGUGUCACCACCGUAAUCGUCAUCGUUAUCAUCAACAUAAUAUUAAUUGUAACCAUCAUCAUCAUUAUUAUUAUCAUUAUCAUCAUUGUCACCAUCAUCGUCAUCAUCAUUGGUGUCAGAGCCAUCAUCAUCAUCCUGAUAUUAAACGUAAUCAUCGUUCUCAUCAUCGUCAUCAUUUAUGUCACCACCAUAAUCGUCAUUCGUUAUCGUCAACGUAAUAUUAAUCCUAUUCAUCGUCAUCAUCAUCAUCAUCAUCAUCAUCAUCAUCAUCGUCAUCGUCAUCGUCAUCGUCAUCAUCAUCAUCAUCGUCAUCGUCAUCAUCAUCAUCAUCAUCAUCAUCGUCAUCAUCAUCAUCAUCACCAUCAUCAUCAUCAUCAUCGUCAUCAUCAUCAUCAUCAUCAUCAUCAUCAUCAUCAUCAUCAUCAUCAUCAUCAUCAUCAUCAUCAUCAUCAUCAUCAUCAUCAUCAUCAUCAUCAUCAUCAUCAUCAUCAUCAUCAGUACCAUUACAUCAUUGACAAAUUACUUUGUACUGUUUUUUCAAUAAGAUUAGAGCUGACGUUCAUUUCCUUUCCAGUGAAGUUGUUUGUAGUUCGGAGUUGUAUGUCCUCAUCUUGAGUCAAAUUUGUUAAAUUGUAUCCCCUCCAGAACAAAAUUUCCCGUUUUCAUCUGGCCCCGGUUGUUCAAAUAUUGAAUAGUGUUAUCCACCGGAUAAAUCUCUAUCCAGUAGAUAAGUAUUUGGGAAACCAAUUGCGCUAUCCACUAGAUAGAGAUUAAUCAAGUCGAUGGCGUUAUCCAUCUUUUGAACAUCCGAGGCCUGAUCCGAAAUAAACAGAGGUUAUAUAACAGCAACUUUUCUUCUGUUUCUUGCAUGUGAGCUGAAGGCCGCUUUUUUGUUUCUAGGAUGGUCAGACCGUUCCUUUGUCGCCGAUAAAAGCUGCCGCCCAAGAAAGAAUCGUGCGUCAAAACACAGAAUUGGCAGAAUUCGUCUCCAAACUGAAUGAAGAGAAAAAGGAAUUGAGAAAUGCGUUAGCUAAUCUAGAAGAGCAAAUCUCCCAGUACAGACAACGAGAGCGAACAAAUGAACAGGUACUGUCAAACCCCGCUUUACGAGCACCUCAUUAUUACGGACAGUUUGCUUUGUCCCUGGGGCAAAUGCUCCUACAUUUUCUUUAAAUUCAACCCACUUUAAACGGACAGUUCAUUAAUACGGACAGUUUGCUUUGUCCCUGGGAAAUGAAAGCCCUUACGUUUUCUCUAAAUUCAAACCGCUUUACGGACACCUCAUUAUUACUACGGACAGUUUGCUUUGUCCCUGGGGAAAGAGAAUUUAGAGAAAAUGUAAGGACAUUUUCUCUAAAUUCAACCCGCUUAAUAAGGACACCCCGUUAAAAGGGACAGUUUGGACACCCUUCUAUUUUCUCUAAAUUCAACCCGCUUAAUACGCUCGGACAGUUUGCUUUGUCCGUUUUUUAAAUUCAAUGGGGUUUGGACAGUUUGUUUGUUUAUUCCCGAGUCUUGUGGCCCGCUCAGUGUCCGUUUUAAUGGGGUUUGACUGUAGUUUCUUUAUUCCCGAGUCUUGUGGCAUUAAUUUUAAUACGAAUAUACCACAAGGUGUGAAAAACACGCGUUCAAAUUCGAUUUGGAAGCUAAACACUCACUGUUCUCCAAAAGAGGUUUCCGCAGUGCCCAGAUGUUCUUAGAGGUGAAACUAGAGAUCUGUAAUCACCGUUAAGUGUCGUAGCAAAGAAAUUUCCACUUGCACUUGGCUCAAUUACGACAUUGUUGUCUCUGUUUUCAUCAUCUUGAGACUGAAGAUGUUUUCAUAAUAGUGGAGUCGUUUCAAAAAUAAGGCAUAAUAAAAUAGAACCACGCCAAGGAUGCUUUAACCAGUGAUAUGUAGCUCUGUUCGAAGAUCAUGCUUUAAUACAGUAACUUUGUUGCUAUUGAAAUCUAAUCUAUUUAAUCCCCUCCCUCUCCUCCCCAGAGCUCACGCUUAACAAGGGAGCAUGCAGAGUCGGUUCUAAGAGCCGAGCGCGAAAGAUGGGCUCAGGAAAAAGCAGAAUCCCAGCAGGCCUUGAGAGCCGCACAGGCUGAGUUGUCACGUGUCCGCCAUGAAGCCGUUAAAGACGGGAGUGCAAGCAUAUCGGUCAGUGGCCACGAAUCAGAAGACGAGGUUACGUGGCCACGUUCUAAGGUGGGUUCCCUGUGAAAAGGCCCUUUUGCUGGUUAGAUAAAUGUACUGCGGUUAAGACCCCUUUCACUUAUACUUCAAUCUCUUCGUUGGUCUCAACGGAAAACACACUUCUGUUUGUAAGCCUCUUUAUUUUCGUCCAAGGCAACCAUAGGUGUGUUCACAACCAUAGGUGUGUUCACACCUACAGUUGACCUAACUCUGGGUGUGUUCACACCUAGACUUGGCUACUCUAGGUGUGAACUUUAGGGAAGUGUCCCUGCCGUUCUUAAGACAUUGCAUCACACUCUAUAAGAUGGUCACCUCUCUAAGACGUCCACCUAGUGCCAGUCCUAUAUAACCCUUUUUAGAGAGACCUCACCGUACAAUCUUUACACGAUAAUGAUAUCUUAACAGUAAAUUCUUUUUGCUUUGUCCAUAAUAGCUCCUCAAGCUCUACAAACGCUUCGUCAAGGCAGAAAGUUUCAGGAAAGCUCUUGUCUAUCAGAAGAAGUACCUUUUACUGCUGUUGGGUGGUUUCCAAGAUUGCGAGUCUACAACGCUUGCUAUGAUCUCUCAGAUGGGCGCAUAUCCGGCGAACGCUGGGAGGCCCUAUAGGCGCACUGGUAAACGCAGGUUCCGCACUGCAGCACGUGCCGUGCUGGCGAUCCAGCGCAUGAACUUUCUGGUGAACAAAUCGAAACGCGUUUCUAUAGUAGGAUCGCGAGAGAGUACGAGUCGAUUGCGCGAGACUACUAGUCGGUCACGCGUGGUGAAUGGUGACAUUAACGACCACACGGUUUAUCAUCCAGCAUCAACUGAUGGGCAUUCUCCGAGAUCGAUCGCUGAAGUUGCGUACUCUGCUCCAAAGUUAACGUUAUAUCAAAACGGUGGUUUAACCACGUAUACUGAUCGGUAUUCACCAAGGAGUGAUCGGCGAACGUAUGAAACACAUGAGAAUGACUCAAGAACUCGUCCUAUUAAGCCACCGACUACUACAUCAAGUGAUAGAUUCAGUCAUCACGACGAGAAUUUCACUGCUGAUGAACCUUUAUCGCGUCGAAGUUAUCCUUCGUCGACAAGCAGAUCACCACGAACUUACUCCCCGACAGCCUGGUCGGAUACUCGAACGACAUCGGCUCCCCGAGCCCCAGAUCCGAUACCUUCCGAUUACACUCAACGCUUAAAAUCGCCACCAACUCGGGAAACUGUAAGCACGCGACGUGACUAUAGUGAUCGUGGUCAUUUUGAUUCGACACCGCGGCACUCUUCGCCGCGCCGUCAAGAACUUUCCGAUCCGUCCAUUCGCAGAUACGCUGACGCUUACGAUCGUCCUUUGUCACCGUCGGGUUCUUCUUCAGUGGGAUCGGUUCACAACGGGAGCGAGAGCGCUGAUCAUUCGUUGAAUUUGUACAUUCACAGACUAGAAUCAUUGCAGAACAGACUGGGGGCUAUCAACAGAGGUAAUUCGUGCUUU